AUGACCAUUGUGCCGCGCCAACGCUCCUCGUCGUCGCUCGCAUACACAGGCGCCCCCCCGCAGCCCCAGCCGUCCCAGCCGUCCCCGCAGUCCCAGCUACCCCCACACCAACACCAGGCCUACCCCCAGCACCACCCGGCCAUGUACCAGCUGCCCCCGCCCCCCCGCCAGCCUGCCUCGGCACCCGCACACAACAUGGGCCUGCCCCCGCCCCCGCCCCGGCCCUCGACCUCGUCGCAGAUGGGCUCCAUGAACAUCCCGCCCCCUCCCCACCCCAACUACAGCCUGGCCGCCUGGGGCGCUCCUCCCCACCAGCGCCAGCCCCAGUACCAGCAGCCCCAGCAGCCCCAGCAGCCCCAGCAGCCCCAGCAGCCCCAGCAGCUCGGCUACAACCCCAGCCUGUACCAGGGCUACCAGCACCAGCAGAACCUGCCUCCGCCCCCCGGCCCGCCCCCGCCACACCAGCAGCUCGACGCCCCUCUCACCUCGGCCACCUACAUUCCUGACGGAGAGUCCUUUGGGCCCGGCGUCGGCAUUCCCGCCCUGCAGCCCAACCACGCCCCGCGACAAUAUGCAGAGCCCACCUUCUACCGCGGAGACGACGGCUUCCCCCUCAACCUCCACGACAGCGUCCAGAGCGUCCAGUACGGCUCCAGCGCGCCCGCCAACGUCAACUACCCCCCGACCCCAAACAGCCGCAGCCACCUCAACAUACCCCAAGACCGCGCCCCGACCUACGACCAAUCCACGGCUACCCUGCAGACCCACAGCAGCGCCUACCAUCACCCAGACGGCCCCGCAUCGCCCCCCAUCACUGCGCCCCAAUGGCCCGCCGAACACGUCCAGCGCUGGCUAGCCGACAACAACUUCUCCAAGGAUUGGCAAGAGACGUUCAGGACCCUGGGCCUGGAGGGUCCGAGGUUCCUCGACAUUGGACGUGGCCACGGCUCAAAGGGCAACGUCGCCAUGAUGCACCAGGUCAUCUUCCCCCAGCUCGCCAAGCAGACGACCGCAAGUGGCACCGGCUGGGACCAGAACAGAGAAAGAGACGAGGGCCGCAAGCUGCGCCGACUGGUACGCCACAUCGUCGAGACGGGAAGCUCGGGCCCUGCUGCUCGCGUGCCAACCCGCACAGAUACAGCCAUGAACGUGCCCAGUGCGGGGACCGAUGGCGGCGUCGAGCACUCGCCUUUCUUGGCCAACCCAAUGACUUUCGGUUCCACCCCUACCACCGCUGGCAAUGGCGAAGACAGCCCCGGCCGAGCCACGCUCCUGCACUCGCCCUCGGCCCCCGCUCCCCCGAGACGGAUCUCGACACAGCAGCGAAACUUCACAGUACCCGCACUGGGCCCCCCACCCGACUACACCGAUACACUUGGCCGUAGCGCCUUCACAAAGGACGUCCUCCGCGACCUGGAGCCCAAUCCCAAGCGGCACAGCCCGAAUGUUUCUGGCGAUUUUGCCCCUUCAGCCUUUGGCUCACAUAGACAAGCCAGCCCGCAGCAGAGUCCGGCCCUCUCCUCGGCACGGCUCGCAGCAAACGGUGGUCAGCUUAGCGCAGGCAUAGCCGCCAACGGGCAACGAUACUACUCGCACGCCCGCGGCAACAGCUCUGAAUCCAAUCUGUCCACGUUUGCCACUACAGGAUCAGGCCCGCCUACAGGACGCUCUUUCGUCGAAGGUCGAUCGGACAGCCGCAGUGAGAACAAGCGGAACGGACACGAAGCUGCACGGCCUGGCACCGGCUUCCCGCGUUACGACAACGCAGAGCCACUGAGCGCAAAGGACCACCACAAGGGCUUCUUUGGCAAGAUCAUGGGCAGGGACAGGAAGAAGCAGGAAAGCCACCCGUCUCCUGACGACACGAGCCUGGACUCUCCUACCAGCCCAGUCAGUCACCAUCGACAGCACCCGAGCGGAUCGGUAUUCGGCAGGUCCGGCAUGAACUCGAGCGAAACGUCCCUGAACGAACGUCCGCCCUCGCGACGAUCCGCGCAAACAGAUGCAGAGAGCCGCUUGUCCGGACGUACCCGCAUCUCCAUGCGAGAGGAGCGCCGAUAUGCAUUUGUCACACCAGAUGGCUGGAAUUAUCGCCUGAUUGACAUCACCAGUGUAGACUCGGCAGCAGCGCUGCGGCAGUUGUGCUGCGAAGAGUUGAGUUCGGGUCUCAGCCAAAUGCCUGGCGUGGAGCUGUUCUUGACAACCCCGGGCCAGUAUGAGCACGAGGACGCACUAUCAGACGCAAAUCUUCUCAAGGCGCGCUCGCAGUUUGGCAACAAGUUUGGGGAGUUGAAGAUCUUUGUCAGAAUUCCUCAAGAAGCCACGAGCGCGGCCUCGGCUGGGCUUGGUGUCUCCAUGGCACAUCCGACUGGGAGAGCUGACGAGCCUGCCUACAGCCGUCUGGAUGCCAACUCCCAGGCCGGGUCUCCUGGCGGUUUGAAGUCUGGCGAAUCGACACUGGUUCCCGCUCAAGCUGCAGCCUUGCGCAAAUUGACAGAGAAGGAGGAGAUGACGCCCGACGCCGGCUCAGGUCGACUGAACGUAGGCGCAAGGCCAACGGAGCCGUCGUGGGCCGCUGACGACGGUGUAUCGGAGCAGGAACGCCGCAGGAUGCUCGAGAUAGCUGCCGAGGAGCAUCGCAAGGAAACGAAGCGCAAACAGGAAGAAUACCUCAAAGGCCGUAUGCAGCGGCUGAAGGGCAACAGUCCUGAUCCUCUGUCUGCAUCUUUGUCUGCGUGUGGUGAUAAUCUUGGGUUCCGAAGCGCCGGUAUCAUUGACUUUGACGAGCCACGCAACUCCCCUUACGAAGAGCUUAAGAAACCCUUCGAGGCUCAGAAGUCAAAGGAGAAACUUGUGCCCAAGAGGGAGCCGCCGCCCGUACCCGCUGACACGUCUACCCUUCUCAAAGCUAACUCGCUGUCAAGGAGCAAGAGCCGUCCCCCAUCCUGGCCAGAAGGCGACGACACGUCGUCUAAGCGGAAAUCGACCGAGUCUGAAUCAGCCAAGCGGAAAGCAAUUCCUCAAGGCCCCAAGGGCCUGUCGAACAUUGGGAUUGCCAUCAUCGGAGCAGGUAUCGCCGGUGGCUCGGUGGGAGCAGCCAACAAGGCGCUUCCCAAGCCUCCGCCAAAGGCGGAGAUGCACGACGCCUCGCCUGAGAGCGCCGUCCGUCCCUCCCAGCAGUUAUUGAAAGAGAGCGGGUUCGGAGCUGCAGCCGGAUCGGGCAGGAACAGUCCAGGUGGGUCUCCUCGCAGCCCCGGCGAUUUUACAAUGAGCAAAGGCAACAUUCCCUUCAAGAUACCUGACUACGUUGAAGCUUUACAAGCGGAAGUGGCCUUUGAUAAGCCCAGCCUCACACUCGCGAUGCCUACUCCACCUCAUCCAACCGCAGAGCAACUGAAAGAACAGCGGCCACGCUCGCCGGAUUUCAGCCCUACCUCCCGACGAGCACCGCCAGCCGCGCUCACGAGAGAAUCGUCGAGGGUGUCGAUUUACGGGCCGACACAUGACUUUGAGGAAGCACAGGUGUCUUUCAAUGUCACAGCACCGAACCUGGAUUCCGAUGAUUCAGACGAUGAUUCGGAUGACGGCCUCUUCGCCGCCCCGCUCGCCGGACGCAGCCCACCUGCACCAGCGAGGACUGUGUCUAUUGCCAGGAACACCAGCGGUCAUCGAGCACAGCGGCCCAAUCUCAAACUCAAAACAUCACGAUCCAAAAACUCGCUGGCCCAGGUCGCAGAACAGCAAGAGCAAAGCACAAACGACGAUCGUCACGCACUGCACAACGACAAAGCCCCAGAGUCCGCUGGGCCCUCUGCAACAUGGACAGAUUCGCCACGCGAUGAGCCCGAUUUCAACCGUCGCGACUCGUUUGCUAGUAACGUCUGGGCGAACCGUCCACCUGCCGAAGCGCUCGUGGACCACCUUGACGAGCUCUUCCCCAACGUCAACCUCGAUCAGCCCAUGCUCGAAGAGGAGGAGACGGAUUCCUCCACAGACCCAGCCAGCGAUUCUUCGAAAGACAGCGCCACGACGCUAACGCCCAUGUCUUCCUUUGAGGACACUAGGCUGGCGAACCCAACACUGAGCCGAGGAAAGACUGGCCUUCAAUCCAUUGCCCAGCGUAACAUGCGCAAGUCUGGCGUCGGCCUUGGGCGGACAAAGUCGAUUCGUGAGGUGGUGAAAUCACAGUAUCACCCCAUGGAGAAGCGGCCGAUGCCGGGCCAAGCUGCUGCCGCAGGCCCCUCGCGGGUCGUCACGCUUCGCAAUGGUGGCGAUAUCGUGAGGAGGAAAUCGACCAAGAUGUUCCACGCAAGGAUCGAGCAGGUCAAGCCAUCGAGAGGAUCGCGUCUCAUCCAGCUCGAGACGAUUCCACAAGACAACCUUCCGCAGAUGCAACGCCAGCCGACGUUCAAAUGGAUGAAGGGUCAACUGAUUGGCAAAGGAACAUUCGGUCGUGUCUAUCUCGGUAUGAACAUCACCACGGGCGAGCUCAUUGCAGUCAAGCAAGUCGAAGUCAAUGCCAAGGCAGCCGGAUCCGACAAGGACAAGAUCAAGGAGCUGGUCAAGAGCUUGGACCAGGAAAUUGAUACGAUGCAGCACCUUGACCACCCCAACAUUGUGCAGUACCUUGGUUGCGAGCGUAAAGAGUACAGCAUCUCCAUCUUCCUCGAGUAUAUUUCUGGUGGCUCCGUCGGCUCCUGCAUUCGCAAGCAUGGCAAGUUCGAAGAGUCGGUCGUCAGCUCUCUCACGCGCCAGACUCUGCUCGGGCUGUCCUACCUGCACCGCGAAGGCAUUCUUCACCGCGACCUCAAAGCUGACAACAUUCUGCUCGAUCUCGACGGCACCUGCAAGAUCUCCGACUUUGGUAUCUCGAAGAAGAGCGACAACAUCUACGGCAACGACGCGACAAACUCGAUGCAAGGCUCCGUCUUCUGGAUGGCGCCCGAAGUCGUCCGCUCUCAUGGAGAGGGAUACAGCGCCAAAGUCGACAUCUGGUCCCUCGGCUGCGUGGUGCUGGAGAUGUUUGCCGGCAAGCGUCCAUGGAGCCGCGAGGAAGCCGUCGGCGCCAUCUACAAGCUGGGCUCCCUCAACCAGGCGCCCCCUAUCCCCGAGGACGUGAGCAGGAACAUCAGCAUCGAGGGCCUCAGCUUCAUGUACGACUGCUUCACCAUCGACCCCACAGAGCGCCCCACGGCCGAAACGCUGCUGCGCGCGCCCUUUUGCUUCUCGGAUCCAAACUACAACUUCUUGGACACGGAACUGUACGCCAAGAUCCGCGGCGCGUUCCAGUGA